AUGGCGAACUGGAAAGAACUGGGCGAGGUCCCAGAUUCGGACGACGAGCUCGACUUCGAUAGCCAGGAUUUGGAGUCGCUGCUGGAUCCCGAACUUCCCUCGAAAACCCCCGUCGAACCCCCGCAAACGAAGAACACUCGACAAAGCAUAUGGGAUGUUCCUGAGUCAUCGCAAGGAUCGUCCGCCGUCGCGUCUGUAAAGCAUGGAACGACAACCCUGGAUCAUGAGGUGCAAAGGCCAUCCGAGCAGGAACCGCCCUCUUCGCCACUGUCUUCGGUACCUGAUAUGGACGAGAUGGACGACCCUUUCAACUUGGACGAACCGGAAGUUCAAGUAACUCCUCCUGCUAGGACGAGGCAGUUACACUUUCCUCAUGGCCGUGACGACUCUCCCGAUCCUUUGGCUGGCGACGACAGUAUAUCGACGAGCUAUGUGAAGAUCACAGCUCCCCAGCCCGAAUUCCCGGCCGAGAACGGCAUCACAAGCCUUUCUCCCCCGCCCAGGUCCCCAGUCGUCUCUCCGUUGACGAGUCAACCAAAAGGGCAGUCAAGCCAGCAAAAAGGACCAGCCACAGAGCGUCGCGCAAGCCCUGGCCAGGACGAAGAGGCCGCAGAACCAGUCUCGCAGCACGCGUCAGGUACCACCUCCCCAGCAAGACGCCCGGCUAAGGCUCGGGCCGUAUUCUCUAUAGAUAUCCCAAUGCAGAACCAGGCGAGGAGUCAGCAGCGGUCGCCCACUCAGCGGGAUAUACCCACAAGUCGAGAUGAAGAGGUUGCCAGGCACGUCGCAGUGCGAUAUGAACGCUCAUUCAGACCGAGAAAACCCAUUCAGGAACACCCAUACCUUAUCGAGAACGCUCAAUACAGCAAAGUCCUAAAGUCACACGGCAUUCGUCCAGUCAGAAUGCCGACGGAGCCGGCCCCUAGACGACAGAGAGCAGAUGAAGAGUCUGGCGAGAAGGACUUCGAAGACGAUAGCCAAGAGACGACGCCUGAUGUGUCAAACGAGACCACAGAUGAAAGUCAAGUCAACGGGAUUGACGACCCGCCGAGCUCUGGGCUCUUGCGCCUAUCAUCGCGGUCCCCGUCACCGUCGCCGUUACGAACCUCAUCCCCAAAGCACCGCAGCGGGCCCAGCAGCCAACCUAGUCAGGGUGACACCGACAACACAAGCCUCUCCGAUAAUGACGAACUCCCCUCACUCGAUGAGAUCCACCGCAAUUUACUGUUAAACCGGUCUGCGAAGAAACGAAAGCUUGUAAGACGGGCCACAUCUAAGACGAAAGUGGUCAAGCAGACGACUCCAAAUACUCGCAUACCCUCCAGGCCAACGUUUCAGCAGUAUGAUGAGAUAUAUGGCACAUUUUCUUCUCCGUCUUCAUCAACACAGGUUCCUAACGCCUCUGUCAAUCCGUCGAUGGAGCUGGUAGCGUCGCCUGCUGUAUCCGAUAUUCCAGACCCAUUUGCUGAGGAAGAUAGUCAGCCUAUUGAUAGCAACAUGGUGUUCCCGGCGGUGUCUAAGAGACACAGUUUAAUGGGCGUGGACCCCCCCGUACUCGAUCUGACCAUGGAGGAUAUCUCCGAUACUGGAGAGCAUGAUUCUGGGCACCGAGAUAUGGACAUAUCAGGAGGUGAAUCGGAGGCCGGCAACGACAGUGGUUCGGAGACUGGCGCAGAGGUUGUCAGGAAUGUUGGAAGAAGAAUGCGAGGGGUUCUUCCAGCAUCCUGGCUCAGACUUGAUCAACAAGCAAAUCGGCCCAAGCCCACUCAACAUCAACGACACGAAGCGUCACCCGAGAAGGCAAUGAGACGUGGUGUAGCGGUUCGGCGAAUUGGUCGUUCAGCAUCAAGCGCAGCGGCUGCUUUCAUCUUCGAGGACUCGGAUGAUGAGAUUACACCGGCACUAACGCCCACGCGCGCAGCACAUGAUGUCCAACCCAUUUCACCUUUCGAAAAUCUAGUAACGGAGGUUAUAGAUGACAAUGACAGUGGCUCUGUUAUCGAGGACGAUCAAGUCGACCCCAUGCUUCCAAGCAAUAAACGUCAGUUGACUAUGAAAGAUUUCCAGCAACCCGCCAAGCGCCAGAAAAAAAAUGAUCCAAACCCGGGCAAGCAGCGCGAGAAACUGGGAAGGUCUCCAAAAGCUAUGAACCGGUCUUCCAAAGCCUCGCGCCUCGAUCUUUGGGCGAAAAGCCAUAAAUCGACAUUGGGCAAAUUUUGGUCUGCUGCCAGAGCGAAGACACCUCCGAGACUAAGCAUUUUGGACGUUAUUGAACCAGACGCGCCCAAGUUCCUGAAGAUAGCAGCCCGGACGGCUCAAAACAGGUGUCACCUGGGAAGAUCCAGCCCCUCAAACAAGACAAUACGUCUUGCCACCCGAAAGGACAAUGUCGAUGCCGGUACAGUGCUGCAAAAGUGGAAAGGAGGGAAGAUUCGGCCCCGUCAGGGGCUGCAGGGCAAAAAGCAGACCACAUCAACCGGGAGGCGCCCACUUACCCAGUUACCUUCCAAUAUUUCUGCUCGCGGCGUGGCGUCAUCGCCCAAGGUCGACACUGUCCCGCAGCCUGGCCGAAGUCGACGUGAGGGCUCAACACCUUCGACCCCCUUACCCGAAGUGCGAGCUCGCGCACGAAACAUAUCCAGGAGUCAUUCCAUCACAAGUCAACAUGCUCGAGAGGCCAUAAACAGGCCGGCUCACCUCGAAACGGAUUUGACUGAGCAGACAGGGCGAAUCGGAUUCCAUGCAAAGAAACGGGCCCUCGACACUCUCUUCCGGCGCAGCCAAACGCAGGCUUUGUCCUCACGGAGUGCGCAUCUGGAUUCAUUCCUGGAUGACGUAUCUUCAGUUGUUUCGGGGCAUAGCUUCGCUACCAGAGCCUCCCCCGAACCACCAAUCACCCAGAAGCCCCGUCCUAAGCGUCUCAGAAAGGCAGCCCAGCCGAUACAGAUCGAUGUUGCCGCUGCUCACUUCCACCAUGCCAAUGACCCGCUACCGACCACGGAGCUGUUGACUCCAGCAGAGAGGCCCAAGUCCAUGUCCAACGACAACAAACUCCUUGGACUUGGUCCGUUUGGCACACACUACACACAGCACUUUGAAAUAUUUCCUCUGGACCGUGGGGUAUUUUUUCAUGAGACAACGCUUAUCGGCAGCGGUCGGCUUAAGUCAACGGUGGACGACCAAUUCCCAGAUAAAGUAUGGCACCCUCGUCCCCGGAUAUCAUUUAACCUGGGUGAGCUGGUUCUUCGUUGGGAUACAUGGAAUGAGCAUGUAUCUUCCGAACUUGGUAUUCUGAUGGACGGGAUACUCGAUCAAGUCAUCAAGCCGGCAAUAUCAACGGGAGCCGGCUUCAACGCCAAAGAGGCUGCGCGCUUCGUCCUCGACUACGUACAGAAAGCUAUGAGCUUCGCAAACGAUUCUGAUGCGAGGUCCUUUGUCACUCGUCUCUCUGAUGUAACUCGGGCUUUCCUAUCACGCCUGGAUUCGGAGCAUGGCCUCGACCCGCAUAGACGUAUAGAGCUUGUUGAAAUCUUGUCAAACUUGGUCCUGAUUCUCUCCUCGGCAGUGCGGCUAUGCCAAAAGACACAAUAUUUGGUAACAGAGUGCUUCACCACGGAGGCUGUCCUCAGAAAAGCUGCUGAGGCACUAGUUCAACUUUUGCUCAACAUUGGACUGGACGACGUGAAUCGUCUAUACGAUGACCUUCAGAUAUUGAGAUACCGUGAACGUGGUAUUCGUUCGGAUAGAGUUGUACCACAUGCCUGGGUACUCUUGAUGAAAACUCUAGAAAACAUCCGGAUACCAAGAAUGGCUUUCUGGGACGUUACGUAUUCGCGCAUGCUUCAGUCCAGCGUCACCCGCGGAGUGGAUGCAGAGGAGUUCGAACGGCUUUGGAAGGACAUGUUUACGCUCUUGCCAUUGUGCGAGUUCAAUGAUACGGGUGUGCUCAUAAGCGAUAGGAGACAUCAGGUUCCCAUGGAAGGCUGGAACCUGCCCCAGCAAAUCCUGAAACGCGUCUUCCAGCUAUACAGAGACAAUCCUCGUCAGUCUCCCAGUUUCAAUGAAUACAGUCGGGCGCUUGUAUCCAGAUGUCAUUACCUGGUUGACCAGUGGGGAUGGCAGAAGUGCAGCGGCAUUAUCGGCACCAUCUUUGACUUUUUCGGUUCCCAGAAUCUCUCCCACCUGCGCAAUGAAGAAGCAUUCCGCUCGGCACGUUUUCUGGACAGCCUUCACCUAAACCCACCACUCACGGUUGAGCCUGACGAUCGAUGUUUCCACAUCUUCCUCAAGCUUGUGGCACUGGCCAUAAAAAGGUUGAAGCAGAAGGGGCUAGUCAACGACAUCCGGAACCUGGUCGCUCGUACGCUCCCGAACCAUGACCGGCAAUACUCCAGGGAGCAGAAUGUUUACCAGCAUGACUUGGCCGCACUCAGGAACCAUCACGAUCUUCUAUGUACACUGUUCUGGGCAGCACCACCUGACCUUCGUCCCGGCAUCCACAACCUGGAGAAACUGGUUAUCCCUGCCAGUUCGCACAAGGAGGCUUGUCUGAUCAAUUUGCGAGCGUGGAGUCAACUCGCACGGUUUGUCGUGCAUGAGGAGUCUGCGGCAGCGUUCACGCCGCUGGCGAACUGGCAGACCAAUGUGUUCAGGCAGCUCCUGGAUCAGUACAAUUCUGCCGCAGCAGAUAUUCAACAGCAGUUCUUGGCCUUAUCCAAGGAUGCUAGCAACAACGUCAGUGAAGAUCUGAUGAACUCCAUCGUGGCUACAAACAAGGCUGCCACAAUGGAAAUCAUGUUGUUUUCUGUCAAGUCCUCGAUGGAUGCCGUGCAACAUGCAGGUAGUUUAGAGCUGGCCAGACUUGCUUCGAGUCCAUAUCAACUACAGCAAGUUUUUCAGCACUUCUCUACCCUGCCAGCAGAUUUCCCGUCUACACUUUUACAGGCGUCCCUGACUACUCUUGAGCGCCUUCUUGUCAGGGUCGAGUCGGUCUUUAACGAGGCAGAUGACAGUCAAGACAGCAUGGCGUCUAGGACGUUGGAAUCGGAAGAUGCUAUUCUUAUGCUGGAUCGCGAACUAGCCACCGGAUUUCUCUCCACAGCGCGCUGCCUCCUAUCAAAUCAGUCACGUGUCAGUCCUGGUACCUCGUCCGUGCCGAAAUCUUGCGUUGAGCAGUCCGUCGUUAUUUCAGGCAUGAUGAUCGGCCUGUUCGUUCGUUGCACAAUGAUGGCACUCUCACAAGCUUUCAAACCUACCAAGUAUGGGCUUUUCGGCAAGGCGCCGAGCAAGCUUAGCUGGGAACAACGCCAGUAUCUCCCCCUGUUUCUCUCUGUGGUUGCCCAGAAGGGAGCAACAAUCAAUCUGCAGGAUAUUGGAACGAGUCUUUUGCAACUGUGGCUCUCGACCAUCGUCCAGCCAAGCCACUGCUUGAGAUUCGAGAACCGUUUCGGACAGGAGUUACAGCGCCAAGGGUAUCCUUUUAUCCCCGACAGAACUGCAGGACUGGUCGUCAAUCCAGGUUACUCGUCCAACCGCGACUUCUUCGAAUAUGCGGUAUCCUGGAUGCGACAGUCACAACAGACAGCCGAUGCCGCCUCAAAGAAGAACAUGCGUAUCGAGUUCGAGAAAGUGCUUAACACCGUCAUGAACCAGAUGCGGGUUGAUGUCCAAAUCAUGGCGGCUGACUCGUCUGAGCAUCCAAGCUAUGUCAAGUUCGUUCGCGACAUCAUUUCUCUAAUCAAGGCCUACGGCACGGACAUCUGCCCUGUGCAAAAGUUCUUCCUGGAAGUGAGCAAGGAAUACUCCCCGCCCAUGCAAGAUCCUCAGCUCCAAGCGGCCUUGAUCCAGUCGUACGGAUUUAAGCUUGCGGAAGGUGAUCCAAGAGUCCCGAGCACUCUCUUCCACUUUUUCCUCAAUAACUUCAAGGGUGCUCUUCAACGAGACCGACUAUCGCAUGAGGUUCUCCUUUUAAAAGGGGCUUUGAAACAUGACGCUAUCAUGUCGUUCAUCUUGGGAAAGAUGCUUCCAGCAGUUUUGCAUGCCACGUUGUCCAGCCACGAAGCUUAUGCAAUGCUUGACGUGCUGUGCGAUGCUCUCGGCCUGGCACUGAUGGGGCCAACUGUAGCUCGUCAAAUGAGCGAGGACAGUUUCGCCUGUAUUCCGGCCUUGAUCACGGCAAUGCUUGCCUGGGCCACGGUGGUGAAGGGAACGACACUUUGCCUUGAGCACAUUCAUGUCCUCAGAAGAAUCACCUGGCUCCUCAAUGCCUUUCAACCAUCGAUCGAGUCCUUCUCGCUCAUGCCGGCCGCCGUCAAGGGCUGGGAUAGCGUCAUGGACAAAUUGCAAUGGUUUAGCCUACUUGCUGAAGGCGCUCAUGAAUACCUCGGCGCGGAGCUUGACAAAGGUGAUGUGCCUGUUGUGGCACCCUCGAGUCUGUUCCGUCUCCUAAGGGCCCAUAACGAGGGCUUUAGGAUCCAAGACACUACAGUCCUGACCUGGGAUCAACCGCGGAACAUCAUCUACACAAUCUGGGCAAGGCUCACUCAGACCACAGUGGACCAUGCAGGGGCUGACAGCGAGCUUGUAUGA